AUGGUUAAUUUUGACAAUAGUGACAAGGUUUUGUGGAACAAUGGAGUGCAAGCUUCUUUUCUUUCCGUUUUUGCCCCUCCUCCUUCGUUGAGAGGGUUUGGUUCGCAGAGACAAAGCCCUGGCUUCGGUUUGUUUCCAACCAGCUGGUUGGGGGGCAGCCAUGGGAGAACAGUGUUCGUUGCUGGACAUGCGUUGGAGGCCGUCGAUUUUUGUUUGGGAGGUGAGCUGCAAAUCCAGCCGCAGCAGCAGCAUUGCUGUAUCUUCCAUCAUCUUCUCUACUCGCCUUUACUUCCAGUAACCACCAAAACUGGCUCCCAUCGUUUCUCUUUGACGAAAGUGCACUUGGCUACUCGCGGCGUCCAUAAAUUGUUACGCGGACUCAGACCCUCCGACUACCAAGAUGCUAACAUCGGCAGUUCGGGUUCGGGUUCGGAUUCGGAUUCGGUUACAUAUAAGAGCCGCAACGAGUUGAAGCGCCACGCCCGCCGUGCGGUCCGCUGGGCUAUGGACCUCUCUUCCUUCUCCACCCCUCAAAUCAAACGCAUUCUCAGAGUGGCUUCUCUGGACCAAGACGUGCUGGAUGCUCUGAUUUUAGUGAAGAAAUUUGGACCUGAUGUCCGAGAAGGGAAGCGAAGGCAGUUCAAUUAUAUUGGAAAAAUGCUGCGAGAAGUGGAGCCGGAUUUGAUGGAUGCUUUAAUUCAGGCUACAAAAGACAGUGACGAAAGUAAGCUGCAAGCUUUAUCUGGUCCAGAGACAUUGAGCAUUGAUGAUAAUGAGGAGCAAGAAGAAGCGGAAGAAACUGAUUAUGAGGAGGAAGAAGAGGGUUCUCAUAUUGAUGUAGCUACCAGAUGGUUUGACGGUCUGAUCAAUAAGGACGUUCAGAUCACCAAUGAAGUAUAUUCAAUUUCGAAUGUUGAGUUUGACCGCCAGGAGAUCUUGGGUACGAAAUCCAAAUAUGAGAAGCGGUCAUUUGGCCAAAUUGUUUAACGAUUCUUCGCUUUAAAGGUAUAAUUCAUGAUUGCCUCUCUAUUCCUUAUACUCUCACUAUUUUUUUGGUACUGAUUUCUUUAUUUUUGUAAUGUUUGUUUGCUCAUCAUUUCUACAUUUUCUUUUCUUCCACAACUUUAUACACAUUUGAUGUAAUUUC